AUGGCAGAGAUAAAGUAUGAGUCGUUACCACAGGGAAAAAGACCAAUUUUAUCAUGGAAUGCUGUGGUGUACUCAGCAACUUCUUUGGGUUCCACAAUGAUGAACUCUGUUUUCCAGUUCUACUAUGUCAAGUUGUUCUUGAACCAGUACAAGAUUACAGAGGAUUGGUUCAACAUAGUUCAGACAAUCUAUAUGAUUUGGAAUGCAGUUAAUGACCCCUUGUUUGGUUACUUUCAAGACAAUUCCAAAAUGGCAAUGUUUCAAGAGAGACGCUUGUCAAUAUUAUAUGGAGCGCCACUUUUUGCACUUUGUUUCCUGUUGCCAUGGUUUCCAUGGGCUGGGUAUGAAGAGUCACCAAAUUGGGUGGUUGGAUUGCAUCUUCUUACAAGUCUCUGCUUUUACGAUGCACUCUAUACGUUUGUUCUUUUGGCCCAGUGUGCAAUCUUUUCCGAAAUGUCCAAACAACAUGAUGCAAGACUUCAGCUAAUUAGAUAUGCCCAGUGUGCUUCUUUGAUUGGUUCCAGCACAGUGCUUUGGGCAGAGUUGUUUUCGGACAGUUUACAUAAUUUCCAUAUGUUUCAGUGUUACUGUAUCUGUGUAGCUUGUCUGAGCUGGAUGUUUAUGCGUUACACUGGAAUCCACGCAACUACUAACUAUAAAAUCCAGGGUGAAAGCAAUUCCCCAAAUGCGAGAAUCCAAGACACAGAAAAUAGUAUAUGGAAAUUGUCAAAGCAAAUAAUAUCUGAAAAAAACUUUUUGAUGUUUGUUACAAUGAAUUUUUGUCAAGUUUUCCAUCUUGCUUUUGGAAGUAAUUUUCUUGCCAUGUUUGGUGAUGCCCUGAUCCCGUCAGAAGAUCUGACGCCAUUGUUACGACAGUUUCUAUAUGGAUCAUCAUUCAUUGUUCCCCAGGUAAGAAUAACUGUGCAGAUUCUUUAUUUACUUUGCAUGUAUCAUCAAAGAUGA